CCCAUCACCCACCCGUCACCCACGCGUCAAAUUUCACAUACAUACCCAUACACACACUUCCACACACUUCCCACACAUACACACAUACAACACCUCGUCUUCGUUCUCGCUCUCCUGCUUUGCUCCCACCCAACAAACACAGCGUUCGUCAGAGAAAAUUACCGCAUCAAAAACAAAAACAUGUCAUCUCGGUUUCACAACUCACUCAUUCAAUUCCUCGGCCUUUUUUCUUUCUGCUGCUUCCCUUCUUAUCCUUCUUCUUAUCCUUCCUUUGUGGACAACAACCAAAAAAGCGUGUACUACUACUGCUUACUUACUCACUUGACACGUACAUGUGAUGCAUAUGUAUAUAUGCUGCUCCCUGUGGCCGUGCGUGCGUGCGUGCGAGGGAUUAUACGCCUACUACUACUCCUACUACCUCCUGCUUGCUCCUACUGCUCCUACUACUCCUGCUGCUACUCCCCAGGCCAGGGCUGUCAAUAUGACGUCAGUCAGCUAGGCCGACGACGACAGGUGCUGCAGCUAGACACACGGGCGGGGUAAUUAGUAGUAGACCAUCCAGCCUAGGGAACUGUGCGAAA